AUGGAGCCCAAGCCGCGGCUUUUCAAACGCGCCGCCUCCCCGGGCGGCCGGAUUUGCUCCCCGCCGCCGGGCUUGACGUCAGCGGCCCCCUGCUGCCCUGACAGCAGCCCCCCGACCGCCGCCGCCGCCGCCGGCUUGUGCUGCAAGCCGCUCGCCUCCGCCUCGCCCGCCCCGCCGCCGCCGCCGGCGGCGCCCGGCAACGCCGUUUACACGGUGCUGGUGGAAGAUCCGGCGUCGCUCCGGAGGAGAGCCCGCCGCAGGAGCUGCGAGGACGGCGCCGGCCGGAGACCCGCCGCGCUUGGCGGCGGCGGCGGCGGCUGCGCCCGAAGCAAAGUCCAGUUUUUGCAAAAGGGCUCCAAUCAUUGUAAUGGUAAACCGUUUCCAGCUGAGCCGGAGCCGGCAAAUGGCCACCUGAGGCUCACCUCAAAUCCUGUGGUGCUAAAACAGCCGGUGGAAGAAGUGAGGGCUCUGCGACUCCUGGACGAGACCCCCUUGCACCACUCGGCCUACAUCCCAGUGCCCCAGCAGAGAAAACCCACGGAGAAGGCCGGGAUCGACGAAGUCAUGGCUGCCGCAGUCCUCACCAGCCUAUCCACGAGCCCCGUGGUGCUGGGCCAUCACCCCAAUGGUUUCAGUACAGAAAUGAACUGUGACACGUGGAAAGAAGCUCCCGCUAGGUCUUCCAGCUGCUCUAGCAGCAACCACAGCGGAGACGGGAGCUGGGAUCCCCCGAGCGACCUUUCCACCCCCUCCACCCCUUCGCCACCCCUGACCGCCGACAUGACGACCAGCCUCCUGUCUUCCCUGCAGUCCGAACUGGAGGAAACAGAAGCCACACAGUUUCUCUUUGGGGAACCCGUCCCCAGGAAGAGGAAGAACUCCACGAAGGUGAUGUUCAAGUGCUUGUGGAAGAGCUGUGGGAAAGUUCUCAGCAGUUCCUCAGGGAUGCAGAAGCACAUCCGAGCCGUUCACUUGGGGAGGAAGGCUGACUUGGAUCAGAGUGAUGGAGAGGAAGAUUUCUACUACACCGAGUUGGACGUCAACGUGGACUCCUUGUCCGACGGUCUCUCCAGCCUGACCCCCGUCUCCCCAACCUCCCCGGUGCCCCCUCCCUUUCCAGUCCCGGAAGAGGUCCAGAAAACUCCGCCUAUUCCACUCAACCCCAAGGUUUCCGUGGUGUCUCACCUGAGCCAGUCGGCACCCCUAAACCUCCUGAGCCAGUCGGCACCCACAGGCCUGGGGCACAUCCAAGCCGAUCAUGCCUAUCAGGCGAUGGGUCCGACUGGCGUGCUGGCAGACCUGAAGGCUCCCCCAGCAGGGAUGGAAAUCAGCAUAUCGUGGCAGCAGCCAGCCCUUUUCCCGCCAUCUCUGCCCCCCGUCCUCUUCAAAAGCCCCUCGGGCUGCCUGACUCCCAUCCGACCUGCCGAUUCAGGAGAGAAACGCCUGCAAGGCCCCCCUGUGUCAGUUGCCAAAGGACAACCAUUAUUGCCCUCUUCCGUGCCAAAGCCUGCAACGGGCACCAGGAAGCCGCGCGGCGAAGCCAAGAAGUGCCGCAAAGUCUACGGGAUGGAGAACCGCAACAUGUGGUGCACGGCCUGUCGCUGGAAGAAAGCCUGCCAGCGGUUCGUGGAUUGA